ACAAUGUUCAGCUGUAACCAAACUCCAUCUGUCAAGUCACGUUCUCUCCCUGCUCUGCCUCUACAGUAUCGGUGCAGCCAGGCUAGGGGCACUCCGCUCGGUGCCACCCUCCGAGCCAGACAGACGGCAGGACAGACAGACAUCUGCCUCCCAGACCAUCGCACAUUAUGGAGGCUCUGCACAUGCAACCCUUUGAAGAGAAAGUGCUGAUGCUGGAGGAUCAGGAACAGGAUAAAAGCAGUGGACAGAAAGAGGGAGGAAUGGAAGCCUCAGACGCAGAAUCAGACGAGGACUCCGAACCAGAACCCCCACUUGUCGUUCAGAGGAAGGUGUCAUUCGCAGAUGCAUUUGGCCUCAACCUGGUGUCAGUGAAGGAGUUUGAUAAUGCUGACGUGACAGAGUCAGAGGUCAACCAGGACCUUGUGAGUGAGGCCACCCAUCCCUUGGAGGAGUUCUACAUUUCCUGCUUGUUUACAGUCCCCUCGUGCUCCGAGGAGCUGGACCAGAGGCUGCAAGCACAGAUGGUGGAGCUGGAAAGCAUCGAGCUUCUUCCAGGAACCUCCAUGCUCCGUGGAAUCAUCAGGGUGGUUAACCUCUGUUUCGAUAAGUCUGUGUAUGCCCGGAUGACCCUUGAUCGCUGGACGAGCUACUUUGACCUGUUGGCGGAGUACGUGCCUGGAUCCAGUGAUAGGAAAACAGACAGGUUUACCUUUAAGUACACCUUGAUUCCUCCUUUUGAGAAAGAGGGCACCAGAGUGGAGUUCUGUCUGCGUUACCAAACUUCAGAGGGGACUUUCUGGGCUAAUAACAACCGAAUAAACUAUGUGCUGUUCUGCCACCAGAGAGGACAUAUACGGGAGCAGAGGCCUCCAGUGCAAGAGGAGGGUUGCAACUGUAGGAGCAAGAGGAGCUGUCUAAAAGCUAACCGGAGGGGAAGUACACAGGAAAAGGCCUUGGAGACCAGUUACACAUCAACAGUUAUUGCAGAGGGAGAGGCUGCACAUAAAGCACGGAAGGCGGCCUUAAAGACGAAAGACAGUGCAGAGAUAAAAUCAGAACUAUGCCAUGAAGAACACCAACCUUUGGUGGAUAGCAUAAAAAGCAGACAGAGAGCAACAAGAUUGGCACGUGUGCAGGAACAACUCGCCAAACGGAGACAGCAAGUACCAAAUGCUUAUUCACAUGGUUCAGCCAAGGGCCAGGAACUUUUUCAGCCUUUGACACCUACGUUGGUUGACACUGCCGGCUUUCCCCAUGGACGCCCAAAGAAGAAGCCAUCCAACCACACUCCGCAGGUUCUCACCUACCAUCAGAUUCCUCUGUUGACUCUGGACUGGAACAAUGACAAAAUCCAGCAAUGGGGAUCUGCUGAUAUAGAUGAUAUCUGGACUGGGCGUACUAAAACUCCCUUGUUGAAAGCGUCAGCGGAAAAUAUGGAAGUAACACCAUCUAAUAAUGAUAUGUGGGAGAACUUUAGUAGUGGUACAGAUGAUACCACUGAUAAAGGAUCCUCUGUGUGCGAUGAAUGGCAGUCAUUUCUCAAUGGGGCGAGCUGUACAGACCAUUUUGAUGUUCCAGAAUCAGAAUGGCUACAGACAGCAACCUCGGUGUCUCCCUCAAAAGACAAUGAGCCCAAAGCCCAAUAUGUGUCAAGCUGUCAAACGCAUGUAUUUCAGGUGGGGACAGAUCCACCCGCCACCUUUAAUUCACACACCUCUGUUGCAUGUCAUAUGCUGUCAAACUCUCGCCAAACAUCGUUGGCUUCGGUUGCCUUGAACAUGGACGACCACCAGCCAGCAGCGGCAUGUGUCAGCAGCCCGAGAAAUGACAACACAGCGACACAAGAAGCAUCCCAAAGGUCACAGACGAACUUGGUAACAGACACUCUGCAGGAAUUUAGCCUCAAGGGGGUGACGCCUGUGUCCGAGGGAUGUGUUGAUGGGUUAACCAAGUGUCAUGAGCAUGCGAUGUGGGAACGAGAAAGAGAAGGAAUAAUGGGAGGAGCGGAAGGAAUAGAAAGAGAUGAACACACAGCUGACUUAGUAACAGGCUCAGGGGAGUCGGAGACAACACGCUUGAUAGAAAUGCCAGAGUCUCAGAAUGCCAGUGCCGUUGAUAGGAUCUCACAGGGAGCGAGGCUGGAUGUGGGUCUUUCUUCCAGCAAGGAAAGCGAGGUUACAGGUACUGCACACAAUGCAAUGGAUGACACGCUGGCAUUUCAGGGGACUAUCAAACAAGGGACAAAGCACGGGGAGAGGUUUGUCUUUCCCACAUCAAGACAGGAAGAAGAGAAAGGGAUCAUGAAUAACUGUACAGCAAAUAGAGUAUCUGCCGUGGUGCAGGUAUUUAGGCCACAGAAAACAGAAGGGUGUGAAAUCUCCCAGAGGUAUGCAGAUGAAAAGUAUCGUGAGGAAUUCAGGCUGAACCAAAACAGUGAAAAUCCAUUACUACAAGAGAAUGAGAGCAGUGAAAUUGAAAUAAGACCCGCACAGUUGGGUUUAGAUAAAUUCAAUCCAAAUCAAAUGUGUGAGGACAAUUUCAAGGAAAGCCAAAUGAGAGCAGGGCAAUUCAGAUUGGAUAAAAUAGAGAAUUUAGAAGUAUACAAACUGACAGGGGUGGAAUCUACCUUUUGUACAUCCUGUGGAGAAACAGAGCGACUAAUGGGUGCAGAGGCGGAAAUUAUCAAGGUAUUAAAUGAGGAAUCAUGUCAGUACAAGGCUUUACAAUUGAAUCCAUCACGGCAGGGGGACAACACAUUCAUACUGUCAGUACAUGAAAAACAGUCAAGGCCAAUCCAGGCAACGAAAGAGUUGUGCUAUCAGGAAAAUGGACUGGAAUCUAAAACUGGUGAACAUUCAUUAGACUCAAACCAAAAAGAGGAAGGAACAAGCUUGAGGUGUCAUGGAAUCAUUGAAGAGCAACAGGAAAAAAAUAUAUCAGCACAGACAAGACACACAGUGGAACAAAGCGACAUGAUGAAGGCCUUCCAACAUGACCAUGAUACUAUAAGAUCUUUUCCAACAGAUAAGUGCAACCCAAAUGCUUUGGAGGUGUCGGAGAAUAAAUGGAAUCAUUUACAGGGGGAUAUGAAGGGUCAGAAAGAGGAUGUAGGCAAUGAAACAAAAACAGAACAAGUUACCGCAAAGGAGACUGUUGGAAAGGCAGACAGUUCAACAGAACUUCAACACCAAUCGGAGUUAUUAGAAAUAAUAGAGGGAGAUAUGAGUCAGAGAGACAAAGAUGAGAGGGGGAGUAUUGGGAAGCUGAAAAUAGAAGCGCAGGGGGAGUUGAUGGGUAAUGAGGAGAACCCUCAGGGGGAGAAGAAGAAUGCACCAGCAAUAUUGGAAGAACAAGAGUUGUCAGGAGAAGUUGAGAGCUCUCCACAUGUUGAAUGUAAGAAAUUGUCAGAGGGAACAAAAGAGCCUAUUAAAGCAGAAAGUACUAAAACGAUUGAAGUGAUGGAGUUGGAAUUGGAGGAAAUGUACAUAGAAAGAUUUGGAGAAGAUUUGGUCAAGAGGAUUUGGGAAGAGGUGUUUGGUGAGAAAGUACAGGCUUGUAAGAGAGACACAGAUAUCACUAAUGAAACAGGGGGCAAGUCAGCAGAUAUACCUGAUAGUCCACAAAUAUGCCACUUUCUUCUUGACAAAGACUCAAACAACGCUUUUGAUUUAGGUAUAGAACUACCAAUGGAUCCCAAUUUAAGUAUCUCUCAAGACCUAGAGCAAACCUUAGUGCUGGAGAGCAAUGAAUCCUCCUCAAAGGAAGGUAGUAAGUCACUCUCCAAGACAGAACAAACUUACUUUCUUUCAAGAGAUUCACAAGCACAGACAGAUUUGACAUUGAGUGCUCAUCUGAGUCAAGAUCUCAAUCCCAUUUUAGCUGCUAAGAGUCAGCAGUCAUUGACAGAACCAGCCGAAAGCUCGCGAAAGGAUAAUGAAAACUACACUCAAAUAAAAGGCAGAGCAGUUGUCUACAAGGAGACAGUUAGACAAACUGAAGACUCCAGAGUCACCAACAAGGGAAGUUUUAAUCAAUCAUCCCACCAAUCAAACAGAGUUCCACAGAAAUUAGAAGAGUCUGAUCUUCUUGUAUGGUGGAGUAUGGUAUACAUCCUAUCACAUUACAUCACUAGACUAGUAGUCUGUGCCUUCUUAGUUGCUGGAUUUUUCUUCAUGGUUUUCCUGUAUGAUUUCCCAUUGUCCCUUGCACUCUACAUAUUUUCAAUGUGCUAUUUGUUUUCACAGUGGAAGAGACAUCAAGUGACGACUAACAAGGGGAUGGUGGGAUAGGACAAGAGUUAGUUGGUUGGUUGUUAGUGAUAAAAAAGUGUGUUGUCAACUCAUAUACUGUAUGUGGCAUUUUUAACCAUGAGUGAACAACAGUCACAUCAGGGCCUGUGUCCACAGACAGCUCUUGUUGCUCUAGAAGAGCUCAUGACCUCUUUUUAGGAGCACUUUAAACCAGUGCUUAUUGUUGCUAGGUAACAGAAGUUAACUUUUGCAGUCAUGUCCUGGCAUUAGCAGCAGCUCUACAUCUGGAAAUUGUAACCUUUGAAAAUACAAGUCAGACUAGUGUCUCGUCCGCCAUUUUUGUUGACAAAGCUGAUGUUAUUAAGGAUACUCUGUCUUGAUUCUGAUUGGACGGUUAGGGAUAAGUGGCACU